AGCACUUCAGCCUAAAGCGUCAGAAAUGAAGCCUGCAUACGUUCUGAUCUUCACUGUCCUCCUUCUGUGCUCGAGGGUUGAGCCUGAAGGGGCUGAGGAGAAGCCUGCCAUGGAGGAUAAAACUAACACAGAGACCGAAGCUGAGAAAAAGGAAAAGACAGAAGAAAUUACUGAGGAGAAAAAUGUCCUGGUGCUGCAUGAGAAGAACUUUGCGAGAGCUCUGAGUGAGAACAAAUACCUGCUGGUGGAAUUCUACGCACCUUGGUGUCGCCACUGCCAGGCCCUCGAGCCGCUUUACGCCGAAGUCGCAGCACAGCUGAAGAACCAGUCGUCUCCUGUCCGCUUGGCCAAGCUGGACGCCACAGAGGAGAAGGAACUGGCUAAAGAGUUUGAGGUCAGCAACUUUCCAACACUGAAACUGUUCACAGACGGCCGCAGACACAACGCCACAGAAUUCACAGGGAAGCGCAGUGUGAAGAGGAUCAUACAGUGGCUGCAGAGACACACAGGACCAAGUGCUGUUCUUGUGAACCAUGAGCGAGUCGCUCAGGAGCUCAUCAACACACACCAGGUGGUUGUGCUCGGGUUCUUCAAGGAAUUAAAAGGAGAGAAAGUCAAAGUGUUUAAUGAUGUUGCGCUGGACAUAGUGGACGUUACCUUUGGCAUCACAAGCAGUCCAGAGCUCUUUAAAAAGUACAAAGUUGAAAAGGACUCGAUUGUGGUUUUUAAAAAGUUUGAUGACAAGCGAGCAGACAUGCCUCUAUCUGAGGACGAGCUGGACAGAGAUGAACUUGUGUCCUUCAUCCAGACCAACAGCCUUGAGCUGGUUAUUGAGUUUAGUGAAGAGAAUGGAGACAAGAUUUUUUCUAAUAAAAUCCACAACCAUCUUCUUCUGUUCAUCAACUCCUCCAUGGAGCUCAGCCGUGGUCUCCUGGACGACUACACCGCUGCAGCCAGGGACUUUAAAGAGAAAAUCCUGUUCAUCAAGAUAGACGUCACUACAGAAGUGUCUCAUGUGCUGAAUUAUUUCGGUCUGUCUGCGAGUGACGCCCCGGCUCUCCGCUUCAUCAACACUGACACGCUGAAGAAGUUCAUCAUGGCAGAAGAAGCCAUCAACAAGGACACGCUGAAAACCUUCUGUCAGAAUGUGCUGGAUGGCAAAAUCAAGCCUCAUUUGAAGAGUGAAGACAUUCCUGAGGACUGGAAUAAGAAUCCUGUCAAAGUUCUGGUGGGAAAGAACUUCGAACAAGUCGCCUUUGAUAAGACAAAGAACGUCUUUGUGGAAUUCUAUGCCCCUUGGUGUGGUCACUGUAAGGAACUUGCCCCUGUGUGGGAGAAACUGGGGGAAAAGUACAAGGACCAUGAAAACAUCGUCAUAGCUAAGAUGGAUGCAACAGCUAACGACGCAGAGGAAGUGACGGUGCAGGGUUAUCCAACACUCAAAUACUUUCCAGCUGGAACCGAGAGGAAGGUGAUUGAUUAUAAUGGAAAGAGGGAUCUGGAAACAUUUGUUAAAUUCCUGGAUAAUGGUGGAGAUUUGCCACCUCUCUUUGAGGAAGAGGAACCCGAUGAGGAUGAAGAUGAGGACAAAGAAAUCCCAGAUGAGGUCUCAAGCGAAUCUCAGCAAGAUUCAGAAAAACUUGUUAACGGAUCCAGCAGAAAAGACGAGCUCUGACGUCUCAGACAUGAACAUGCUCUGAUGUCCAUCUGUGUGAACCUACUGACAGAGAUGUGGUAGCCUAGUGGUUAAGGUGUUGGGCUACCAAUCGAAAGGUUGUGAGUUCAAUUCCUACGUCCACCAGGCUGCCACUGCUGGGCCCCUGAGCAAGGCCCUUAACCAUCAAUUGCUUAGUUGUAUGAAAUAAAUGAGAUAAAAUGUAAGUCUGCUAAAUGCUGUAAAUGUACUGACUCUUACACAUCAGUGUCUCAGUAAAUCAGACCUUUACUCCUACACUGUACAGUGUUACUACUAAUAAACACACAUUUAACACAUA